UAUAAGUCAUUCUCAAUGCAAACCAACCCUCCAAAGUUCACAUUCUUGCUCUCUUUACCUCCAUAGCUCUAUCCAAUAUGGCUCCUUCUGUGCUCCCUGCUUCAUCACCUCUCCUUACAAGUGAAGCAAAUGAAAAAUAUGCGAAUGUGAAAUGGGAAGAGCUUGGAUUCUCUCUGAUUCCAACAGAUUAUAUGCAUGUGUCGAAAUGCAAACAAGGAGAGAGCUUUUCAGAAGGAGAGAUUGUUCCCUAUGGGGACAUUUCAAUUAGCCCUUGUGCUGGGAUUCUCAACUAUGGCCAGGGACUAUUUGAAGGUCUCAAGGCUUACAGGACAGAAAACGACCAGAUUAGGCUUUUCCGGCCUGACCAAAACGCGCUUCGCUUGCAAACUGGUGCGGACAGGCUUUGUAUGACAUCUCCUUCUGCGGACCAGUUCGUCCAAGCAGUUAAGAAAACUGUGCUUGCCAACAAGAAAUGGGUCCCUCCUCCUGGUAAAGGCGCUUUGUAUAUAAGGCCUCUACUCAUAGGUACUGGUGCUGUCCUUGGAAUAGCUUCAGCACCUGAAUAUACAUUCCUCAUUUACGUAUCUCCUGUUGGAAAUUACCAUACGGCAAGCUCAGGCUUGAACCUCGUAGUUGAUCAUAUGUAUCGCCGUGCCCAUACUGGUGGAACCGGCGGUGUGAAGAGCUGCACAAAUUAUUCUCCAGUUGUGAAAUCUUUGCGUGAAGCUAAAUCAUCAGGUUUCUCUGAUAUCUUGUUCCUGGACGCUGCAACUGGCAGAAACAUUGAAGAGGUUUCUACAUGUAAUAUCUUCAUUGCCAAGGGAAAUAUUGUGUCCACUCCACCAACUUCAGGAACCAUUUUACCAGGAAUCACAAGGAAAAGCAUAUGCGAACUAGCCCGUGAUAUCGGCUACCAGGUUCAAGAACGUGAUGUUUCAGUGGAGGAACUAUUAGAGGCAGAAGAAGUUUUCUGCACAGGGACUGCAAUGGUCGUUAAAGCUGUUGACACCGUGACAUUCCAUAACAAAAAGAUAAAAUACAGGACAGGAGAAGAAGCAUUGUCUACCAAGCUUCACUUGAUGUUAACCAAUAUUCAGAUGGGCGUUGAUGAAGAUAAGAAGGGUUGGAUGGUGGAGAUCAAUGGCUGUGUUGAAUAGAAUAAAAAAAAAAUGAAGGUAAAGAUAAAUAAAAUCAAAAAAGAAGAAGAAAGAAAUCAAGCAAAAACAUUGGAGAAAAAUCAAAUCUCUUUAAUAUUUGUCACAUUGUUGUUCAAAGAAGUAUUAAUCUAGGUUUCAAAAAAAAAAGAAGUAUUAAUCUCUAAAGAGUUCUUGUUUUAAGAGUUCAAAACAUCAAUGAGGAAAUAACUUAGCCUGUAAUCCGAAAUUUAAAAGUAACCUUUUGUUUUAUAUAUCGAUAUGAGAAGAGUUUGUCUUUA